UUUGCGCCACGUGCCCCUGUACACAAAUCCCAUAGAGAAACUGACUAAAAAAUGUAAUUUUAUUCCAUUCCAGAUUCAUUCAGCAGAAGCUGAUAAAGAGAAUUCAUCAUGAAGGUCGGCUUGUGCGUAUUUAGCGGAUACAAAAUCUACCCAGGCAUGGGUAAAACUCUCGUCAAGGCUGACGGUAAAACCUUCACCUUCAUCAACAAAAAGUGCGAACGUUCGUUCCUCAUGAAGCGCAAUCCACGUAAGGUCAAGUGGACCGUUCUCUAUCGUCGCAAGCACAAGAAGGGUAUCGAAGAGGAGGCCAGCAAGAAGCGUACUCGUCGUACACAAAAAUUCCAACGUGCUAUUGUCGGCGCCUCCAUGGCUGACAUCAUGGCGAAGCGUAACCAAAAGCCCGAAGCACGCAAGGCUCAACGUGAACAAGCCAUCAAGGUCGCUAAGGAACAAAAGAAGGCCAAGCAAUCCGAGAAGAAGUCAACCAAGACUACGACAAAGGCAGCCCCCAAGGCAAAGGCUACAAAAGUUACACAAAAAGCUGCUCCCCGUGUCGGCGGAAAACGAUAAACCGUUAAUUUUUGGACCCUUUUAAUGCGAGAGACCCUUUCCUGGGUUGAGAAAUAAAACAACAUCUUACAAAAAACGAA